AUGACGCCAUGCAUUUGGAGCUUAUUAUCAGUGAAGGGAUUGGAGUUUAUCAAUGCCUCAGGAUUUAGCCAUCAUUUGAAGGGAUUGUCCUUGUUUCAGCUUAUACAUCCUGAUGAAGUGCUGAUGGCGAAAAGAGAUCUACCCAGAUUUACACAUUCACACUUCCUGAGUGGCUCAGUGACGAGAUGUCGAUUAAAAGAUUAUACUAGCCAUGAUUUUUCACCGAAAUCAAAUGCAUACAUCAUCGUGGACAUUAUCAUGUAUGUCGCCACAGGUGAUACCGUAUUAGCCUUCCUUCACUACGCAGAUGAAGAAACAUCUAACAACAUGUUCAAAAACUCAUGCGGAGACCAUAAUAACCAACACAACAUGAACAGUAGUAAUAUAUUCUGCGCCUUAACUUUAAAAGAAAGUUUGAUUGAGCAAGAAGACAAGCAGCAUUCGCCAUCACUGUCGACAAGCUCAUCUCUAUCUUCCAUUGAAUCAUCACAACAGCACCAACAUGAAUGCGAUUCGCCGCGUCAAUUUCUAUACAUUUUAGAUAGCCAAACCAAAUCAGUACUACUGUCAUGGCCAGAUCACUAUCACGACGAGAUAGGUGAUGCAGACUACUUGAUCUCUUCAUUAGAUGACCGCCCCAUGUUACCAGGAAUCUCAUGCUUUCGUUGUGUUCAACGGCCUUCUCGAACCAGUGCAAGCGGACAAAGACUUGACAGCUUGAUUGUUGAAUAUGGAUCCGUUACGUUUCUGCUAGCGUCUCUGGAAAAAAAGAACAAGCAGCAGCACCUCAAUAUACCACCACCACCACCACUACCACUACCAGCACAGCUAUCCAUCCCUACAAAACCAGUAUCAUUACCCUGUUCGCCCAACAAAUAUAACCAACUGGAUGAGUACCCUCUACGUCGCACAUCUGAGCCUUACACAACAAGCAAUCAUAGCAGCCCGAGUCAUAUACAUUAUGCUAAACCAAGAAAAUAUCAGCCUUACCCUACCAUUCCGUUGGAAAAUCUAUUAUUGCCCAACAAUAGUGACAAACAACAACAAUAUUUGAGUAGCCAUCAUCCCAAGCAUCACUGUCAAAGCUGUGGAACUGAAUCCAGUCCUGAAUGGAGACGUGGUCCAACGGGUCAUAAAACACUCUGUAACGCAUGUGGAUUGAGAUAUUCUCGAUCAGUUGCACGACAAGGAAAGAUGGCUGCAAAUCAACAAAAACAUCAUCAACUUCAACAAUACCAACAACAGCAUUCCUUGUUUCAAAUGCCGAAUACGCCACAACAUCAAUCUUGUUCAUCCAUAACCACAUCAACAUCAUUAUCAUAUUUUUAA